AUGAGCCGCCAGCUGGCGAGCACGUUGCUGCAGGCAGUGGGUAGGACGCUGGCGAACGUGGGGACGCAGCAGCAGGCCGCGCGCCAGCUCGCGCCUGCUUUCGCCUCUUGGCUGCGGAGCAGCGCAUACCACACCAGCGUGUCGGCCUGGGCCGAGCCGCCGAAGGCCUCCCCCAGCGAAGUUGUCGGGCCCGCGGAUACGAAGUACGGGUACCUUGCUGACAAGGACAUCUGGGAUGAGGCCUGGGCCUACGAGCCGCGGUUCGGCACCGAGGACAACCCCAUAGUGGUGCCCUCGCUGCUGGCGGAGCGCAUCAUCGGCGUGACAGACCCCCAAGACGACACUCUCGUCAUCUGGGGCAUCGUUCGCGAGGGGGAGCCGCCCAAGCAGCUGGUCGCGGGCGGGGAGUUCUUCACGCUUUCGAGGGUGGAGAAAAUCGACAAGGUCGGCGACAAGCUCGGCAUUGCUGACCCCAACCUCCUCUAA